AUGAGCGGCUAUCAGGAAGAUCGUUAUCGCGAGAUCCGGGAGUUUUAUAACCUUAGUUACCCGGGUUACGGUGAUCUAUCUGGCUCACCAGAUAAUGGUAAGAUUGCCAAAGGGCUGACCAAAUGGAACGAAAUUCUCGGGAUCGCGGGAACAAUCCCAGAGCCAGGGUUGUACCGGCAGCUGCACCAGGUGCCUGAUGAGGAACGAAUGAACCUCGAGGAAUGCGCCAUCGCACAACGAAACUCCCUCCUGAUAUUGCAUCAUAACGUGACGCGUCAGGAGCGCGAAUGGCGAGCCUCGUGGCUCGCUGAGAGAGCUAACAGGAAGCAAAAAGCAGAAGCCCAUAUGGAAGCACAGUGCUCGCAGCUCAAAGAUGAGGACAAGCUGCGCAGAGAAGCGGAGCGCGUCCGUCUGACAAAGCUGUCCGAAUAUUCGUACGAAGACAUCUCUCACUCCCCGGGCCGCUUCCGUCUACUCAGACUAUCUGCCGGUAAUCAACCAGGUCCUGAAGUUCAAAUCUUCAGCAUGACGAAUGAUGUUGUCUCUAGGCCUGUCAUCUCGGAACCAAAAGAGAUGACGUUUCCCCCUCCGCCAUACGUGCCUGAUCCGCCAGACUACAUGCUCAAGCCGCACGCUUUCGUAACGGUUACUUAUGCCAGCAAAUACAGUACGAGGAACUUUGGAGACGGACCAAUCUGGUGGUGCAGGUAUAAGGACCGAUACGGCCACAGGAAGUCUUUCAAGAAGUUUCAUGAUCCUCGACCCGAAUGGGAAAGGCAGCUGACACUCGAGGCCAACCCCGAGGGGCCACGCUCAGAAGGGGACGAGAAAGAUCUGGAUAGGAAAUGCGCCGAGUUGAACGAAAGCCUGACACAAUGGCUCAGAAAACUUGACAAAGAGGAUGCCGCGCUACAGAAAUGGCGUAGAGACGCAAUCGUUGGAUCAUUACAUGCAUUCAAUAUCGAUGAUCCAGACUGUCCGCAUUUCGAAGCGCUCUCUUGGGCCAGGGGUGGUUAUCGCAUGAUGAAGAUUGGCCGAAACCUGUACGAUUUGCUAAAGAUUGUCCAACUCUACGAGGAGGAGAUCUGGGUCUGGGCUGAUGCCGUAUGUAUCAAUCAGAGCUCACCUCAGGAGCGUGGUCAUCAAGUCAAGAUGAUGGGUACCGUCUACACCAAGGCGGACAAAGUGCUGGCGUGGGUUCCUGUGAAAAACUCUGAAGCCUCCAUUGCAGCUCUGAAGCUAGUGCCUUCGGUUACCUCUGACGCCGUGACACUCAAUCAAACCCUGAAUGCGCUGGACAAUGUUCUCCGAGCGGACUACUGGACGAGAAAAUGGAUAAUACAAGAGGUUAUCCUGGCCCGUACACUUGUCAUAUUGCUCGGUUGUCGAGAAUUUGCAAUGCAGGAUCUUGCCAACACACUUGGAAGCCUUAAACAGAUACAUGACCGCGAUCCUGCAAGGUCAUCUCCUCUGAUACGCGAUAUUUUGUCUCUGACGGUUGCCAACCUUGCCACAUACAGACGAGACAGAUCAAUAGCCGCGCCCAUUACGCAGCAGCUCAGUGACUUGUUAUUGAUCUACGAAAACAAUAAAUGCGCUGUCUACCAGGAUCAUGUCUAUGCUCUGUACAAUCUAGUGGGUGAGCAUAGGACGCAUCUUCAGGUUGAUUACACGUUAAAGGCACAUGAUUGGUGUGAACAAGUGCUCACAUUUCUGGACGUUCAUGAGCCAUCGUGUAGGGCUAAGAUGAUACGCCUGGCUUUGGCGUUAUCUCGCCUAUCAGGGCAGCGUGAUAUUUCUUGUCAACCUUUUUCGGCUGCACAGAUUGGCGUCAAAGCGUUCGACCGAGGUGGUCUUCAGAAACUCGAAGACUGUGCCCAUAGCCUCUUUCUUCGCGGUCGUACGGACAGCCUUCAUCCUGGGAUCCGAUGGACCUUAAAGGAGACCGGUCACUGCUUGUACAUUGCUAAAAAAGAUGGAGACGAUACUCUUCAUCGUGUUAGCAAAAGAGUUCUUAGCUACUUUACAAUCUCUAAGGCGCCCUUCCUUCGAGGGCUAGCCGCUGGACAUAUCGAAGAUGGCGACCGCAUCUGGCAGUUUGUCGAUACAAAAUACGCUUUUGUGGCACGACCUCACUGGGAGCCUGGUGAUCCGGCAAGUUAUAUGAAAAUCGUCGGAAGGUGCUAUCUGUUCGACUACGAUCCCCGUGCAGAAGAACAAGGGCCAUGGGAUGCAAUCCUGAAGGCUGAAUCCUUGGGAUCCCGCAAGCGAGAUUUGCCAAGCUACGACCUUCGCCUCAAUAUCUCAGACAUGUACAGGCUCGCCUUCAGCGCAGAUAAACAAGAACCUGUCAAGUCUCCGCCGAACAGACCCGCGAGCUCUCAGCCUCUACUAGCACUGCCUGUCAGGCCUAGCGGGUCCUCUUCGCAGACUGUGAAGAAAGCAGACCUGCUGACCACCUUGGGCAAUCACGGAAGUAAUACAAUCAAGAAGUCGCAAUUGCAGCGAAAGCCAAUCUGA